GAAAAGUAGAAGGAAAAAAAAACCAAUUGUCCAAAACAUUGGACAUUGGACUCUCGAAUUUAGUCUCUCAAAUCUCCAGAAAGGGAAGAACAAAAAUGAAAAACCCCUGACCAAUUUUUCCCUCUCCGUCACUUUCUCUCUCACACACUCACACAGUUUCACUCACCCCGCAGCGUUCUAUUACAUACGUUACUCGUCGACCUUGUUUUCCUCCCGUUUUUCAUCCGCAGCGCACUUUCGAUCUACAAAAAUCCACAUUCCCGUUUCCCACCGCCGCCCUUAGAGAUCCCUCAACAAAACCCUCUUCUCUUUGAUCUUUCCCGGCAUUUUUGCUACCCAAAAGGUUUGGAUAUGCCUUGUGGUUCCGUUGGCGGAAAAAUUGAGUUUAGUUUUUGUAUAAUAAAAUAACAGUUCUUAUUGGGCCUGUCUAGUUUUAGUGAUAGAAAUGGACGCGAAGUUUGGGGGUUUCGUUAUUGACCUUAACGAGACGCCGUUGUCGUCUCCGCGGGACACGGUUAUGGAAGAUAAAGACGACGAUGACGACGUCGUUAUAAUCGAGCGCCCUUUUGCGGCUGUUCGCGAGGUGAAGAAGGAGAAGGAUGUGAUUGGGGUGGCGUGUAUUGCGUGUGGGAGUGGGUUUAAGGGGAAGAUUGUCGGGAACAGCGAGGAGAUGAAGAAUUGGAAGUGUUUUAAAUGUUUGCUAAAGAAUGAGGACGGCGAUAGAGGAGCACGGAAUGGCGGCGGCGGCGGCGGCAGCCGCGCUGGUAGUGGCGGUGGAGGGGGAGGGGUGGCGCUUUUGGAUAUAAAUGCUUCGCCUCCGAUGGAGGUGGACGGGGAGGGGGAGAUAGAAGGGAUUCCCGUGGGCGUGGGCCCUCGUUUUGACUUGGCUAAGCCAUAUGGGGACAGAAGCCACGGCGGCAGCAAGUAUGAGAUUUAUUUUUGCAAUAUUACUCGUUUCUGCUUACAUCUUUGAUAUUAGUUUUGGGUUUAUUCAGAUAAUGCUUUUUCUUCUUGAGCUGAAAGUUGGGGUGUUUUUGGUUCUUUAAUUGAUUUAAUUUGAGCUCUUUCUGUUUCAGUUGCUUGGUUAUAUUUUAUGUUCUGCUCGCAAGGAUGAUUUUUAGAUUCUUACUCUUUAAUCAACGGUGGACUUUGUGUGCAUUAAAGCAAAGCAAUGAAUAUAGGAACGCAGAUAGCAAAAUUAUGACUAUAGUCUUCAAUUACAGCAUUUAAUCCAUCAAACAAACCUUCAAGGGGGGCAACCUUGAUGGAUUGGGACCUUGAAGGUAAAUCUGGAUUGAUCAUUAUGAUCUCCGUUUAAUUGAUACCACAAUUACCCCAGUAAGUUAGAAAGGCCAUCAUCAAGCAAGUAUAUCUUUCAAACAAUGGAAAAUUGGUGAAAUAAUCAAAGACUAUAUUAGCAAAAUGUUGUUGUUGGGCUUGGAAAAUGAAACACACCCAUCUUUGUUUACUUAUAAAUUGGCUGACCAUGGGAUUGUCAGUUAACUAGAAGUGCACGGUGGCCUUUCUUAAGAUUCCACAAAAGAGAUCUCUGAUUGAAGAGCAGGAUAAUAAUAUACAUGCAUUGGGCAAAAGAAGGAAGGACUAUGCUUCUUUUAUUAACUUGUAAUACAAUCCUCAUUAAUUUGAUUGGGUAUAUAGGUGUUGCUGUUGUUGGUGCUGCAAAAGUUGAGUGGCAAAAUGUUGAGGGUCCUGUUAUAUAAUUUAAGUUGUUGAAAAUAUUUCCCCUUGUAAUUGAAGUCUAGAAGACAAUAAGUUCUUGAGGUGGCACUGAAAGAAGAAGAAACUAUUCUCCAGUGUUUUAUUCAUUGUUAAAUUUUGGCCAUAAACUUUAUUCUCUGACAUCAUUUUUGAACAAGCAUUGUGUUUUUCUUUUCAGUUUACCAUAGUGAGAAUAGUGAGACUAAUUUGAUUUGAUGCGGUUAGUGAAAAGUUGUCAUGGUUUGAAAUAAAUUUGAUGAGAAGCUGUUCAAAGAAGUGAUUGAAUAUGAUUGAAUAAGAGGUUAUUAGCCAAACUGCUAAGAAUUACUACGGCCUUUUUUUUAUUGAAGACGAGGUUACUUUGUUUGAUGUUACCCAAAUGCUUCUUGAAUCAGAGACCCCGAUGUUAUAGUAGUUUAGAUGGAUUUUUGUAUGUGUAUUCUUUGUAUUUAUGAGCUUUGUAGUAUUUUUCCUAAUAACCGUUGCUCUCUUUAGAGUGCAGAUUGUUAGCAAUUCUCCAUUUUCUGCCCGUAGUCUUUUUCCAGCAUUUCAGCAUAUUUUUUCUUCAGAGAGAAGUUAUGAUCUUCUGAAGGCUCCACGUACUUCAACAGAUAUUGUUAAUUCAGGUUACAGUGAUAUAAUGAAUCAGAGAGGACUCCCUAAUACUAGUUCAAAUGACAUUGUAAAAGGGGCUACUCCUGAAGGACUCCAGGGCACUCAUACUACACCAACGGAUCGUCAUUCUCAGAUUCCAAUUGGUAUCUACCUUGAGGGCCUUCGUGAGUAUAUUGCUGAAAGAAAGGGUGUCUUACCUGAUGGUUGGAAUGUGGAGUUUGAGUUUUGUGAUAAAAGGCUUAAAACCUGUGCUAUUUAUAUUGCUCCUGAUGGAAAUAGGUUCGAGUCUAUGUCCGAUGUUGCUCAACAUUUAGGGUUGCCAAAUUCUCAUCCAUUGCGAUCUGAGAGUGCAGAAAAUGGUUUUGGCGCUGUGCAGAAUGCAUCCUAUUCUAGCCAGAGGAAAGAAUCAUCUGGACCCAGGAAUGCUAAUAACUCCUGUCAGCGUCAGAAUCUUUCGAGGACGAGCAGCUCCCCGAGGGUCUCAACAUUAGAUGUGGAGAGUCUGAAUACUUGCCAGGAAGGAUUCCCUGUGCAGUUUGAGGACUUUUAUCUUAUUUCAGCAGGAGCCGUUGAUUUACGCCCACCUUACCACAAUGCUCACCAGAUUUGGCCUGUAGGUUAUAGAUCUACCUGGCAUGAUAAGAUUACUGGUUCCCUCUUUCUAUUCGAUAUUAGUGAUGGGGGCGAUUCGGGCCCAGUGUUUAUGGUUAGAAGAUGUCCCUGCACCAUGCAGCCGAUGCCGACUGGCUCAAUAGUCCUCACUAACACAAAAUCGGUCGGUCUAAAUGGGGAUGAGGAUGCUGGGACCCACUCAGCAGCAUCGAGUACAAUAGAUGAGGAAAGUGCUUCGAUUUUAAUGAUGCUCGCUGAAAGUAGUCCACCAGACAUGGAAGAUGAUAUCUCUUCUAAUAAGAUGCGAAGUGAAGAUAUUGAUUCUCAUAAGGAAAAUCCUCUUUCAUCUGAUUCCUUUUCGAAACUUCCUGGAAACUUCACGCCCAAUAUUCUUGGACGGAGAGAUGAUAUUGGUGAAUUUCGGGUAGAGGGAAGGUCGACAUUGUCUGUGUGGCAAAUGGUGUCUGAAACAUUUUUGCAUACUUGCCGUGAAGUGUAUAAACAAAAAGGUGUGAUUCGGUUUGGCUGUGACCAUGAUUUAUGUGGAACAAAUGCAAGUCGACUUGGCAAGGUGGAUUCUCUGUCCAAGUUUUCCCCUUGUGCUGGACUGAUCAAUGUACCACACUUAGUUCAAAGUGAUAAAGAGUUUCAGUCCACCUGUCAAUUGGUGGCAAAAUGGUUGGAAGAGGAAAGAUUUGGACUUGAUGCCGAAUUCGUGCAGGAGAUCAUAGAGCAGCUUCCGGGUGUUUCUGGAUGUUCAGAAUAUAAGCUUUUGAGUAAACGCAAGCAUCAUUCUAGGCAACAAACUGUCAAAAAUGGGUUCCUUCAGGCAAAAAGGAGGAAUAAUAACUAUUCUCGGAUGGCGGCUGAUGUCUACUUUAGAAAUUUUAAAGGACCCAAAGAGCGCAGGUACUCCACAUCAAGAGUGCCGUUUCCGGUUGGUAGGGCAUUUAGCUCAAAACUUCCUAGUUAUUUGAUCGGUGACACCUUGCAGGCUUGGGAAUUCUCGUGGCGUUUUUCUGAAGUUCUGGGGCUGCAAGAAGCUGUUUCUUUUGAGAAACUUGAAGAUGAGCUACUAGAUCCAUGGUUAGAUGGCUCAAGUUUGCUUGGAAAGUCUAGAAAGCAGAUUCAUGAUUCUAGAGAUGUCUUCUUUGGAAUAGAUAGAGAUGUAUCUGAUAGUAGAUCAUGUAGUUGUAGAUGUACUGGUGUAGUUUUGGCUAAGACUCAUAGUUCAUUGCUAAAAGUUUUAGUUGGAGAGCUGCUUUCGAAAGUUGCAGGAUAUGUGGAUCCCAAUUUUGAUGCCGGGGAAUCCAAAUCCAGACGAGGGAGAAAAAAAGAUGCUGAGUACUCAGCUAUUGCCAAGAAGAUGAAGCUUGAUAUGAUUCCUAUCAAUGAUCUAACUUGGCCUGAAAUUGCUCGGAGAUACAUUUUAUCUGUUUUGUCAAUGGAUGGUAAUCUUGAGUCAGCAGAGAUAGCUUGCCGUGAGAGUGGUAGAGUUUUCCAUUGCUUGCGGGGUGAUGGUGGGACUGUUUGUGGCUCUCUGACUGGAGUGGCGGCACUGGAGGCAGAUGCAUUACUUCUUGCAGAGGCAACAAAGCAAAUUUUUGGUUCACCGAAUAAUAAUAGUGAAUCAGGAAGCAUCAAUGCAAGUGAUGUUGUUGCAAUGGAUAUUACAGAAAAAAAUGAGAUGAAUAAUGGUGAAGUUCCUCAUUGGGCACAACUGUUGGAACCUGUAAGAAAGCUUCCGACAAAUGUUGGAGCCCGGAUUAGGAAGUGUGUGAAUGAAGCUCUGGCUAAUGAUCCACCUGAGUGGGCAAGAAAGGUUUUGGAGCAUUCUAUCAGUAAGGAAGUGUACAAGGGAAAUGCAUCAGGGCCAACAAAGAGAGCAGUAAUAUCAGUUCUAGAAGAUUUGAAUCGCGAGAAACCGCAGCCAAAACCUGAAAAACAAGAGAAGCCAAAGAUUGUUUAUUCUGUUCCUGAUCUUAUAACAAAACAAUGUCAGAUAGUACUCCGGCGAGCAGCAGCAGCAGAUGAAGAUAGAGUCUUUUGUAACCUGCUAGGAAGAACAUAUUUGAAUCCUGACGAUAAUGAUGAUGAGGGACUUCUUGGUUAUCCCGCAAUGGUCUCUCGUCCUUUGGAUUUUAGGACAAUUGAUUUGAGGUUGGCUGCCGGUGCCUAUGGGGGAUCACAUGAAGCUUUCAUUGAUGACGUCCGGGAGGUUUGGCACAACAUACGUGUUGCAUAUAAAGAGCAAAGUGAUUUUGUUGAUUUGGCUGAAACUCUUUCCGAGCAAUUCGAAGUUCUCUAUGAAAAAGAGGUUGUCAGCUUUGUUCAUAAAAUCAUGUUACCUCCUGAUGCUAGCUCUGAAUUUGAAAAAGAGAGAGAAGAUAUAUUUGCUCGUGUAAGUGAGAGCUUAAUUCCGAAAGCUUCUUGGGAGGAGGGCAUUUGCAAAGUAUGUGGCAUGGAUAAAGAUGAUGACAACGUUUUACUAUGUGAUACCUGUGAUUCGGAGUAUCAUACUUACUGCUUGAAUCCUCCACUGAUAAGAAUUCCUGAAGGAAACUGGUAUUGCCCAUCGUGUGUUGCUGGUCAGCCCAUGUCCCAGGGUGCACCUUAUGGCUCUCAAGUGGUUAAGCGAUACUGGAAAGGAAGGCGUCAGAGGAAAUACUUACACAAGAAUAUGGAGAUGCUGGCUCAACUGGGAAACGCAAUGGAAUCAAGUGAAUAUUGGGAUCUUCGUGUUGAGGAGAGAGUUUUCCUCAUGAAGUUCCUCUGCGAUGAGGCCUUGAAUUCAGCUGUUCUUCGAGACCAUAUAGGCCAAUGUAGCAUAAAGUUUGCUGAUAUGCAGCAGAAAUUACGUUCACUCAACUCUGAACGGAAGCUUUUGAAAUUCAAGGAAGAAAGCUUGGCUCUAAACAUUGCAAAAACGAAGGGCCCUGUGCAAAUUGGUGGGGGAGAGUUGGCUUCCCUGGCCUCUGACGAUCCCAAGUUGAAGUCUAACAUCUCUGAUGUCAGCAAGGCAAUGCCACCUUCCCCUGUCUAUUUGAAUCAGAUGGAGGACGGUCGACAUGCAAGCAUAGGGAAAGUGCUGGUUUCCGAGAGCUCCAGUACCAACAACAUGAGUGUUCCGUCUGGCAAGGAUGGCAUCCAAUCAAGACAUACUGAAGGAUCCAGGUGCAAGAAUGAGUUAUUAGAAUCUGAUUCGCAACACAAGUAUGAGAAGGAUCAGAGUAGUGUUGAUUUAUCUGUAGGUGGUGAUUCGAGUGCAUCUUUGCCAUGUAUGUCAGGACAAAUAUCCUCUGACCUGGCCGAUCAGCAUUCAGUUGACCACCUAUCCGCUUCUCAGUGUCUACAGAAUUCCACCCAAGUCAAUGGAAGUUCACCUCAAGAGUGCAAUGAGGAACUGAGCUACCUUAAGAGCGAAAUAACUCUUUUACAAGACUCUAUAGAUAAGCUUGAGUCAGAACUCCUUCAGUUAGCUGUACGGAAGGAAUGUUUGGGAAGGGAUACAGAUGGGAGGGUGUACUGGAUUUAUGCAAGGCCUGGUUCUUGUCCCUGGAUACUGGUCAAUGGGUCUUCAAAUACGGAAGAUGUUUUUGAACCAGAUAAGCUUUUUCUCAAUUUCAAUUUGUGGACAUGUUACCGUACUCGAGCUGAAGUGGAAGAACUUGUGAAUUGGCUAGGUGAGGGAGAUUCAAGGGAUCGAGAAUUGAAAGAAUGCAUUUUACACUGGCAAUGUAACAAAUCCAUGGACGCCUAUGAUACUGAUAAUGAUGUCCUCAUUACUGGAAAACAAAUUUCCAGUAGUAACUCUAUGGAGGGGAAUGCAGGAGAUUAUAAUCUUUUGGUCACAAAGGCCGUGAGGUCUUUGGAAAAAAAAUUUGGUCCUUGCUUUGACAUAUGGGCAAAUGACAUCAACAAGAAUCUUAAAAUUGAAGUCCCUCGCCAGGGUGAAAUGCGUCGGUGUGAGUGCCUUGAAAUGUUGUGGGCUUCUUGCUUUCAUUGCUUGUCCUGUCACAGUAGUUUUCCUACUGAUGAAGAAUUAGCACAGCACGCUGAUGGAAAGUGCAAGCCAACUUCUGCUAUUUGUCCAAGUAUCCAGAAAAAUGAAGAUUCAAUGCACAAAAAGAUGUAUAGAUCUGAAAAACCGGCAGAAAAAUGUACUAGUAGUGGUGCUGUUCUUACUUCUAUGAGUGAGAAGCAAGACAAUGGGUUUAGCUGCUUUGAUCGUCCACUUGAACCAGAUUGCCCAUUCAACUUUCAGGAAAUUCUUUCCAGAUUUAAACUGGAAACAUCACUUAAGGAGCUCGUGAAGGAAGUAGGCUUAAUUGGUUCUAAUGGUGUAGUAUCUUUUGUGCCUAGCAGAUCUUAUCAUGAUGACCCGUUGCUGUCCUUGUCUCGGUCUGCGAAUAAUGUGGAAACCAUUGGAGAUGUGCCUUCGAAUCUAGAAAGCCAGCGACGACAAUCCGAGCAUGGAGUUCGUGACAGUGUAGGUAAAAAUAAUGGCAUAUCAGCAUGUGCUAAGAAUAGUAGGAUCGAUAAGGUACAAGACGCAGCAAAAUCUGAGUUUGUGAAACCCGCGUCAUCGAAGAAAUGGUUUCAAUUUCCUUUUGCUGUAAUUAAGAGUUCUAUCGUUCGCAAAUCAGCAUUAGUGCCCAAAGUAGGUAAAGCUUAUGAAAUUCUUCGGUGCCUGAAGAUCAACUUGCUUGAUAUGGAUGCUGCUCUUCCUGAAGCUUCUCUGAAACCAUCAAGAUCAAGUUCAGAUCGGCGAUGUGCCUGGAGGGCUUUUGUAAAAUCUGCGAAUACUAUCUAUGAGAUGGUCCAAGCAACAAUCAUAUUUGAGGAUGCAUUAAAAGCCAAUUACUUGAAGAAUGACUGGUGGUACUGGUCAUCUCCUUCAGCUGCAGCUAAUAUCUCUACCCUCUCUGCCCUUUCUCUUCGCAUAUACACCUUGGAUUCUGCCAUCUUGUAUGAGAAAUCUCCGGCUGAUGAUACCACAGAAAUGUCUACUCCUGAUUGCAAAUCCGAAAAAGAAGCUCAAAUAAAAUCAGUCCCAGCCGAUAACUCGAAGCAUAACACGCAACUUGCACAAAAGACACCUGAGUCAGAUUCCGGUGAGAAUUCAAAACCAAGGACCAGAGCAAGCAAGCGGAAGAGAGACCUGGAGGGCUGAUUCAUAGCGUGUUGCUUCAUUUUUGUCGGGGUGUAAAUCUUGCUGAUUGUAUGGGUAGCAGGAAGACGUAUUCACACCUGUCUUGGUGUUACGUCAGGAAGCAGGAAGAGCUCUCCUUGUAACUUCUGAGUACCUUGUCCAUCUACUGCAAUUAUUUACAGGCCUGCUGUCUGCAGUUAUUAGGGUACUGAAUUAUGAAAUGGAGGUUGGAAGGAACCACACAGCCUCUGUUCUCCUUGUCUGUGCUUUCGGGGGGGUAAAAGAUACUUGUUUUUAUCUGGGAAUCUGGCUUGGAACAUGGCAUUGCUUCCUUAGAAGUGUAUUAUUUUGCUGCCCCUGAACGAGGUGCAUUGUAGCCAUAGUAAAGAACAAAAGUAGAGAAACAGGAUCAAAUAUAAAACGAGAGAGCUUAAAGAAGAGUGGAGCAUAGCCUAGGAACAGAAAUUAGAUGUAAUGUACAUAAAGAGGAAUGUUGAAUAGGUGUAGUGUGUGUACAUAUGUGAGAUCCUGUAACUGCUGUUUAGUCCUUUGUAAGUUUAAGUAAUUGGAUACUCACACUCCUCCGAAAACUCUCCUCCUAAAAUUUUCAGUGGAAGGAGUUCGGUGGCCUCUGCUUUUUGUGGUUUAAAAAUGUGCCUUUCUUCCUACUAUUUGGUUUG